ACUCAGUUAAACUAUCAACAUUUACUCUGUUUUGUUUCGUACUAAUUUCUAGUGUAGAAUAUCGUUAAAUAGAUAAAAUAUGUUGAUAUCUUGACUGACUUGUUUUGACUACUUUGACUAUAUCGACCAUUCUGACUGUUUUCGCCACCGUGACUAUCUUGACUAUUAUGACUUUUUUGCAUCUUCUGACUAUCGUGACUAUUUUCACUAACUGUCUUGACUGGACUAUCUUGACUAUCUUGACAAUCGUCACUAUUUCAACCAUUAUCACUGUUUUCACUACUUUGACUAGGUUGACUAUUAUGACCAUUUUGAGUAUCUUGACUGUCGUGAAUAUUUUCCCUAUCUUGACAGUUUUGACUAGUUUGAUUAUUGUCACUGUUUUGUUGACCACGCCAGAAAAGUGGUCUAGCAGAAUACUGAUGCUCUGAGGUUUUUCAGAAGGUUUCUGGAAAACCUUAAGCCAAUGCGCAGCUCACAGUCACCUUUUUCAUCUUCGAUUAUGCUUUAUGAGCUGUCCUGAGCAUUUGCUGAAAUUUCCUUGAGUCAGCAUGAGAUUUGAUCGAGAUAUAAGGAUUUUAAUUUUUGCUAGUCACAGGCGAAAAACCGGUUUUUCACAGCAAUGCGUCUGGCGAAGUUAUAUUCAUUUCUACACAAAAACAAAUGUUGCUACUAUGCUCAGCGUAGUCUAUUACCUAUAGUCCAUGGCAUUUGAGAUUCCCAGAGACGUCUGCUCGGAGAUAGACACGUGCUCGCGGAGAGGGAGCCUUGCCCGAACGACGAUAGCUAGCGGGUCGGGACUUGCAUAAUUUUGUAGAGUAACGUCCGGACUAUCUAUGCAUGCAGAAAAGUUACUAACAUUUUAUGUUAGUUUUCUGAGAACGGAGCUGGUUUUCCAAAGAUCCUCUGAAAAUCCGAUCUCUGGAACUUUUUCAAAAGUGGCUUCCGCUUGUGAAAAGUUCUGCUCAAGUCUUGGCUAUUGAACAGCGAAAAUCGAAGGUCUCUAUCUCGUUCCUGUCAAAAGUUAUUCAAAAAGUGGCACCCGGCACUGUAUUUUGGUAUGGAUAGUAGUUUUGUCGCUCAUAACCCAUUAUACGAUAUUAUCAACCAAAUUACCCAUUUUUUACGAACAUGGUUAACAAAUAAAUACAUUACCUCUAAGCAGUACGAGAAAUUAUUGCCAGUGCGUAGAAAAUGCCAAUUAGCACAUCUUUAUUAUCUACAGAAAGCACACAAACAAGGAACACCGUUAUGCCCAAUUUGUGCCUGUAUUAAUUCACCAACUGCACCGUUGUCACAGUUUUUAGAUAAUUUACUUCGACCAUUAUUUAAGCAAUCAACACCAACAUCAGUUGAAAGUGGGAUAUAUGUAGCACAACAAUUAAAAUCAUAUUCACGAUCUGAACGAUUUACAUUGAAGACAUUAUUUAUCACUUUCGACAUCAUCGAUUUAUAUACUAUGCUAAAUCAAAACCGUGCAAUAUUCUAUUUGAGAAGAUUCUUACAAGGAGACUUGCAAUUAACAACAUUAGACGGAAUACCAAUAGACGUUAUUAUUAAAAUGUGUAAUCUUGUUUUGAAAAAUAACUACUUUUACUAUGACAAUAAUUACUAG